AUGCUGGGAGCCUGGAGGACUAGCGAGGAGGAGUUGAGAGAACGGAGCGGACGCCAUGGCGGCCGACAUCGAGCAGAUUUUUAGAUCUUUCGUGGUCAGUAAAUUCCGGGAAAUCCAACAGGAGCUUUCUAGUGGAAAGAAUGAAGGCCAGCUGAAUGGUGAAACAAAUCCACCUGUUGAAGGAAACCCGGCAGGUGAUGCAGCAGCUGCCUCUGCCAGGAAUCUCCCAAAUGAAGAAAUAGUACAGAAGAUAGAAGAAGUGCUUUCUGGGGUCCUAGAUACCGAACUACGAAGUAAGCCAGAAAUGAAAGAGACCUCAAGAAAAAGUAGAUGUGUGUCUGUACAAACAGAUCCUACUGAAGAAGUUCCUGCCAAAAAAUCAAAGAAGCAUAAAAAGCACAAAAACAAAAAGAAGAAAAAGAAGAAAGAAAAGGAAAAAAAAUACAAAAGGCAGCCAGAACAAUCUCAGUCAAAGCUGAAAUCUCAUAAUGAUGGGAAUGUAGAUUUAGAGUCCGAUUCCUUUUUAAAGUUUGAUGCUGAACCUUCAGCAGUGGCACUGGAGCCAGUGAGCGUAUUUGGCCGCUCUGAGGGCAGUGAACCGCCAGCAGUUUUGCUAGAACCUCCUCUAGUAGCGAUGGAGGUUUCAGAGCCACACAUCUUAGAAACUUUAAAGCCAGCUACAAAAACUGCAGAACUGUCCGUUGCAUCAACAUCAGUAGUCUCAGAGCAGUCAGAGCAGCCUGUGGCAGUCAUGCUGGAACCAUCCGCGUCCAAGAGUCUGGAUUCCUGUGCAACAGCACUGCCGCCUACUAGCACAGUAGCACUGAAGUCAUCUGAGCCAGACGCAGCAAUGUCAUUGGAGUAUCAGAAGCAGUGUCUGCUGAAAUCGUUGGAGAGUGCAACUUUUGAGUCAUCCAAGAUCGUGUUGGCAAAACCUCUAGUAGCAAAAGUGCUAGAGCCACCAGAGACCCCUGUGACAGUAUCCGAGGCACCUACUGUGGUGCACCCUGAGCCAAGCACAUCAACAGCAAUGGAUUUUCCUGAGUCAUCUGCAACUGAAAGGCUUAGAUUGCCAGAGCAGCCUGCAGAAAUACCACCAGAGAGCACAGAUUCGUCCGCAACAAGACCGCAGGUGUUGCUGGAGCUGCCGAAGACCACAACGCUGGAUCUGCCGGAGUCGUCGGUGGCCUCAGCGCUGGAGUUGCCGGGGCCACCUGCGACCUCCAUGCCGGAGUUGCAGGGGCCCCCUGUGACUCCAGCGCUGGAGUUACCUGGGCCCUCUGCUACCCCGGUACCAGAGUUACCAGGGCCCCUCUCUACCCCAGUGCCUGAGUUGUCAGGGCCCCCUGUGACAUCAGUGCCUGAGUUGCCGGGGCCCUCUGUGACAACAUUGCCACAGUUGUCGCAGGAAUUGCCAGGGCUUCGAGCACCAUCUGUGGGCUUGGAGCCGCCACAGGAGGUACCAGAGCCACCUGUGGUGGCACAGGAGUUGCCAGGGCAGCCUGCAGUGUCAUCAGCAGUAGAAUUGCCAGGGCAGUCUGCAGUAACAGUAGCAAUGGAGCUGACCGAACAACCUGUGACGACGACAGAGUUGGAGCAUCCUGUGGGGAUGACAGCGGUGGAACAUCCUGGGCAUCCUGAGGUGACAACUGCAGCAGGGUUGCUGGGGCAGCCUGAGGCAGCAAUGGUGCUGGAGUUGCCAGGACAACCAGUGGCAACAACAGCUCUUGAGUUGUCUGGGCAGGCCUCAGUGACUGGGGUGCCAGAGUUGCCAGGGCUGCCUUCGGCAACUAGGGCACUGGAGUUGUCGGGGCAGCCUGUGGCAACUGGGGCACUGGAGUUGCCUGGGCAGCUCAUGGCAACUGGGGCACUGGAGUACACGGGGCAGCCUGGGGCAGCUGGAGCACUGGAGCUUUUGGGGCAGCCUCUGGCAACAGGGGUGCUGGAGUUGCCUGGGCAGCCUGGGGCACCAGAGUUGCCUGGGCAGCCUGUGGCAACUGUGGCGCUGGAGAUCUCUGUUCAGUCCGUGGUGACAACGUCGGAGCUGUCAACGAUGACCGUGUCGCAGUCCCUGGAGGUUCCCUCGACGACAGCGCUGGAAUCCUAUAAUACGGUAGCACAGGAGCUGCCUACUACAUUAGUGGGGGAGACUUCUGUAACAGUAGGCGUGGAUCCCUUGAUGGCCCAAGAUUCCCAUAUGUUAGCUUCUAACACCAUGGAGACCCAUAUGUUAGCAUCCAACACCAUGGAAUCCCAAAUGUUAGCGUCCAAUACCAUGGACUCCCAGAUGCUAGCAUCCAACACCAUGGACUCCCAGAUGCUAGCCUCUAGCACCAUGGACUCCCAGAUGCUAGCCUCCAGCACUAUGGACUCCCAGAUGUUAGCCACUAGCUCCAUGGACUCCCAGAUGCUAGCCACUAGCACUAUGGACUCCCAGAUGUUGGCUACUAGCUCCAUGGACUCCCAGAUGUUAGCAACCAGCUCCAUGGACUCCCAGAUGUUAGCAAGCAGCUCCAUGGACUCCCAGAUGUUAGCAACCAGUUCCAUGGACUCCCAGAUGUUAGCAACCAGCACCAUGGACUCCCAGAUGUUAGCAACCAGCACCAUGGACUCCCAGAUGUUAGCAACCAGCUCUAUGGAUUCCCAGAUGUUAGCAUCAGGCACUAUGGAUUCUCAGAUGUUAGCUUCAGGCACCAUGGAUGCCCAGAUGUUAGCUUCAGGCACCAUGGAUGCCCAGAUGUUAGCAUCUAGUACCCAAGACUCUGCUAUGUUGGAUUCAAAAUCUCCUGAUCCAUAUAGGUUGGCACAGGAUCCUUACAGAUUAGCUCAGGAUCCUUAUAGGUUGGGUCAUGAUGCUUACAGGUUAGGUCAUGAAGCUUACAGGUUAGGACAGGAUCCCUACAGAUUAGGGCAUGACCCAUAUAGACUAACUCCUGAUCCCUAUAGGAUGUCACCUAGACCCUAUCGAAUUGCUCCCAGAUCCUACAGAAUAGCACCCAGACCAUACAGGUUAGCACCUAGACCCCUCAUGUUAGCAUCUAGACGGUCUAUGAUGAUGUCCUAUGCUGCAGAACGUUCCAUGAUGUCUUCUUAUGAACGCUCUAUGAUGUCUUACGAGCGCUCUAUGAUGUCUCCUAUGGCUGAACGCUCCAUGAUGUCAGCCUAUGAGCGCUCCAUGAUGUCAGCUUAUGAACGCUCCAUGAUGUCUCCGAUGGCUGAACGCUCCAUGAUGUCAGCUUAUGAGCGCUCCAUGAUGUCAGCCUAUGAGCGCUCCAUGAUGUCUCCGAUGGCUGAUCGAUCCAUGAUGUCCAUGAGUGCAGACCGGUCUAUGAUGUCGUCAUACUCUGCUGCUGACCGGUCUAUGAUGUCAUCGUACUCUGCAGCUGACCGAUCUAUGAUGUCAUCUUACACUGAUCGCUCAAUGAUGUCUAUGGCAGCUGAUUCUUAUGCUGAUUCUUACACUGAUACAUACACAGAGGCAUAUAUGGUGCCACCUUUGCCUCCUGAAGAGCCCCCAACAAUGCCACCAUUGCCACCAGAAGAGCCACCAAUGACACCACCACUGCCUCCUGAGGAACCACCAGAGGGUACAGCAUUGCCUGCUGAGGACUCGGCUUUAGCAGCUGAAAGUACUUGGCCUACGGAAGUUCCAGCAUUGCCUCCCGAAGAGGCUGUGUCACAGCCCGAGCCGCCUGUGAGUCAGAGUGAGGUUGCUGAGUCUUCAGCAGUGUCUGCUCACUAUUCAGUGUCAGUGUCGGAGUCCUCAGUGUUGACAUCAGAGGCUGUUAUGACUGUUCCAGAACCACCACUAGAGCCAGAGUCCUCCAUUGUGUCAACACCCGUUGAGCCUGCUGUCGUUGCAGAGCAUGAAGUUGUUCCAGAAAGACCAGUGACUGAAACUGUUAUGAUGUCAGUGGAACAGGCAAUAUCAGAGCCUCCUGUUAUUUCAGAGGCAGUAGAACACUCAGAUUCCAUGAGAGCUUUGGAGCAUGUUGCCUCGGAGUCUUCUGUGCCACUGUUGGUGCCAGCAGUGACGGCUCCAGAGCCAGAGAACAUUAUGGAGCCGCCAAGCUUGGCUGUCUCAGAGGCUGCUCCUAUGGCUGUCCAGGAGCCUCCUGCCACAGUUGUGGCUGUCCCAGAGUUGCCAGCUAAAUCUGUCUUGGAACCACCUCCUGGAGCUGAAUCAGAAUCAAUGGCUGUGACUGUCAUAGCGCCUCCAGCUGUGACUGAACCGGAGCAUGUUACCAUUCCAGUGUCAGCUUCUGUCCUGGGUCCUACUGUUCCUGUGAUGGAGCCAGCAGUGUCAGUCCUUCAAUCUGCUAUGAUUGUUUCACAGCCAUCUGUUUCUGUUCAGGAAACUACUGUGACAAUUUCAGAAUCUUCUGUCACUAUUUCAGAGCAGACACAAAUUAUAUCAACUGAGAUGGUUUUGGAAUCUACACCAGUAAUAUUGGAGUCUAGUGGUAUGUCUUCACCACUUGUCAAAGGAAUGCAUUUACUUUCUGGUGAUCAGAGUCUUGCUCCAGAGAUUGGCAUGCAGAAGAUGAUGACUUUGCAUUCAAGUGAACAGCCGCAUGUCGAAGGACACCUGAAAAAUGACUCUUAUGAAAAUGAAUGUGGUGUGAAUUCAGACCUUACUACAAAUAGUCAUUUAAUUGUGAAAGAGAUGGAGCAUGGUACAGUGUCUGCUGUUGACACUGUUCGUGCUAGCGAAGAGAAAAUCUUGCCCAUCAGUGAGACUGAACAAUGUGCAGUAUUGGGUGCUGGAGUUACUGAAGUUGAUGUAGGAAGAACUCUGUCUAAUACUGGUCCUUUUGCUAUGGAACCUGAUGCUGUUGGAACUAGUAAGGGUGUUGACUAUGUGACACCAUGUGCUGUUAGUUCACUUAGUAAGUAUGAUGUUGAUGCACCUUUAGCUGUUCAAGACACUGAACAUGACAUGGUAAUUUCCACUAGCCCCAGUGGGGGUAGUGAAGCUGACAUAGAAGGCCCUUUGCCUGCUAAAGACAUUCAUCUUGAUUUAUCAUCUAGUAAUAUUGUAACAGACAGGGAAGAGCAACAACCUGGGAAAGAGAGUGAGCAGAUGUUAGCUGUUGCUGGCAGUCCUAAACAAAGUAGUGGAGAAGAGAAAGAGAUUCCUCUCCCUACCAAAGACACAGCUGAUGCAGCAUUUCCUGCAACAAUUGAAGAUAUUAAUGAAGCAGAUCUAGUCAGACCUUUACUUCCCAAGGACAUGGAGCGGCUUGCCAGCCUUAGAGCUGGUAUUGAAGGACCUUUACUUGCAAGUGAAGCUGAACGCGACAAACCUGUCAGUCCCGUUGGAAUCAGUACAGCAGAGAGAGCUUCAGAGUCCUCUUCAGAGGAGAAAGAUGACUAUGAGAUUUUUGUUAAGGUUAAGGACACACACGAGAAAAGCAAGAAAAAUAAGAACCGAGACAAAGGUGAGAAAGAGAAGAAAAGAGACUCUUCAUUAAGAUCUCGGAGUAAGCGUUCCAAAUCUUCAGAGCAUAAAUCUCGGAAGCGUACCAGUGAAUCUCGUUCUCGGGCAAGGAAGAGAUCCUCCAAGUCCAAGUCUCAUCGCUCUCAGACACGGUCACGAUCACGUUCUAGACGGAGGAGGAGAAGCAGCAGGUCCAGAUCCAAAUCUAGAGGAAGGCGAUCUGUAUCAAAAGAGAAGCGGAAAAGAUCUCCAAAGCACAGAUCAAAAUCCAGGGAAAGAAAAAGAAAAAGAUCAAGCUCCAGGGAUAACCGGAAAACAGUCAGAGCUCGAAGCCGCACCCCGAGUCGUCGGAGUCGAAGUCACACUCCGAGCCGGAGGAGGAGAUCUAGGUCUGUGGGUAGGAGGAGGAGCUUCAGUGCUUCCCCAAACCGUAGGAGCCGCACCCCUAGCCGAAGGAGCCGUACCCCCAGCCGCAGGAGCCGUACCCCCAGCCGCAGGAGCCGCACCCCCAGCCGCAGGAGCCGCACCCCCAGCCGCAGGAGCCGCACCCCCAGCCGCAGGAGCCGCACCCCCAGCCGGCGGCGAAGAUCUAGGUCUGUCGUUCGAAGACGAAGCUUCAGCAUAUCACCGGUCAGAUUAAGGCGGUCAAGAACACCUUUGAGAAGAAGGUUUAGCAGAUCUCCCAUCCGUCGUAAAAGGUCCCGGUCUUCUGAAAGGGGCAGGUCACCCAAACGUCUGACAGAUUUGGAUAAAGCUCAGUUACUUGAAAUAGCCAAAGCUAAUGCAGCUGCCAUGUGUGCUAAGGCUGGUGUUCCUUUACCGCCCAACCUAAAGCCUGCACCUCCACCUACAAUAGAAGAGAAAGUUGCUAAAAAGUCAGGAGGAGCUACUAUAGAAGAGCUAACUGAGAAAUGCAAACAAAUUGCACAAAGUAAAGAAGAUGAUGAUGUGAUAGUGAACAAACCUCACGUUUCGGAUGAAGAAGAAGAAGAACCUCCUUUUUAUCAUCACCCCUUUAAACUCAGUGAACCCAAACCCAUUUUUUUCAAUCUGAAUAUUGCUGCAGCAAAGCCAACUCCGCCAAAAAGCCAAGUCACAUUAACAAAGGAGUUUCCUGUGUCCUCUGGAUCUCAGCAUCGAAAGAAGGAGGCUGACAGUGUGUAUGGCGAGUGGGUUCCUGUAGAGAAGAAUGGGGAAGAAAACAAAGAUGACGAUAAUGUUUUCAGCAGCAAUUUGCCCUCAGAGGGCCGGGUUAAACGGCAGGGCCGGGUUAAACGACAGAUGAAACAACCCGCAGCUUCUCAUUUGACAGUAACUCGAUGCAAUUCACUUUGUGGAAACAAGCCACAAAGUGAAAAGCAUCGAAUUGCAGAGAAAAGUGUUAUCACAUCCCUACCCAACAUUGGGCCCUCCUUGCACUUGUGGGAAGGUAGCCCAAGGUAUAACUAUUUAGCUUCCCGUUUUGCUUCAAGACUUUAUAGCUCUAGAUUCUGGUGGUAGCACAUUGACUGGGUGGAGGGAUUGAGGGAUGAAAGGCAGAUCUUUAGGUUCAACACAAGAACUGGAUUUCGUAAAGGUCAUUGUAGGCUGAAGUAAACAUCUUGGAUGCACAGCACGUUGCCUUUAAAUGAUGGUUGCUUAGUAUUUCUCUGGGUUGUUUGUCACAUAGCCUUUAAUUUAAAAAAUUCCUGCCUUCCCUGUGCUGCCUUGGCUCCUUUUGAAUUCUUGUGUUUAACCUAAUGUUUAGCCUUGGUACUCCACUCCCUUACUUUCCCUGUUUGCUACUAUUAAAAGCUGGAGAAGUGGAACUCAUACCUUGAAAUCUCCACGAGGCUAUAGUUGUAUCUUGUCAAAAUGACGCAGUGAGAAUGCUAAGUGUCAAAACAACCCAUUAAAAUGCCGCCUGAUUGUGCUACUAAAUAUAGUGCACAUGAAAACAGCAAGACUGUAUAUAUAUGUAAAUAUAUAUAUAUGUAUCUUUGUAUGUAUCUCUGUAUCUGUACCUUUGCUGUAUCUUUUAAUAAAAACAGUUUACUUUUAUUUAACUUGUUGUGCAAAAUCACGCUUGGGGGACCUGGGAGGGUGGAGAUUGAAUAGGGAGGUGGGCGCUUUAACUGAUGCCAUAGACUAGUCAUUACUGUUGCCCUUGGUUUUCAAAGUCUGUACGGACUUGCAGUGCUGGCAUGUGAAGGUCAGAGGUGCCUGUCCUUUCCACCUCGGGUUCCCUACAUUGGUCAUGUCAUCAUUUUCCAGUGAACACUCUUAGUUCUACAAAUAAAUGCUCUUUAUAAAAUAAAGUCAGAAAGUGAACAGAACCCAAAUCAGAAAAUUAGAUAUCAGCUUUUCCCCCCCAUUAAACUAUUUAUAAGUGACAUUAUCACCAUGGGAUAUUUGUUUUUAACCUGCAGGUUUUUGCAAGGGAGUAAGUUCUAUAUAAUAAUGCUAGACAGUGAUAACUAGGCAGUGCAACUUAAGUCGCGGGUUAUGAUUUAUAUUCACAUGGAGUUUGACACUUAAACAAGUUAUCAUCAUUGGGGCUUGGUGGGGAUAGCUGGUUUGGACAAAAUUUUAGGCAAGGUAGUGAGACUUGCUGCUAAUCCUCAAAUCUGGCUACUUGCACAUCUCGAGAUGGAAGGGUUUAACUGACAUUUGCAGCUGCCUUAAUCUUGCAGUAGCUGAAUAUAAAUGAUAAGAGACUUAGAAAUCCUGAUAUGUACAGUUUUAGUAAUUUCUUGCAGAAAAAGCACUUAAUGGAAUUGGGAAAAAAAAAAUAGCUAGGGAGACAAUUCAUGAAAGAAGCGUUUUGCAGUGAAGAUCUGUAAAUAGCGCGGAGUUCCAAGGAAUUUUCCUGAGAAGAUGUGUGAACAUAACCUGACUUUUCAGUUGAACCUGCGGAAAGUGAUGUAGUAGAUCCUGAUGAUUACACUUUAUUUUGGUCAAGAUAAUGUGUGUGUGGAUUUUAUUUGAAAUUGAAUACUCAUUUUCAAUUACAACACUGACAGUACAAUUCUUUAACCUUGUUUGUCGUCAGAAGUGAUUGUCAGAGAUUAAAAGGUUAGAAGAAAUGUCCUGAAGAAAUCUAGAGGAAAGGUUGGUUAAAAUUAUUUGAGUAAACAAAACCUAUUAAAACAUGAAUGGACUAAUGGAAGCAACAGAUCUCUCCUGUGGGGAGUAAAUACAGAACUCUGCACAGUUCCUUCCUGGUAGAAGCUUAGACGCAGUAUGUGUAGGCUAGCUUUUAAAUUUUAAUUAGAGUCCCAAAACUUUAGGCAGGAUAGACCAAUUCCUGCUGUAUGACCUAAGAAUAAUGAUUAAACACCCAGAGAAAAUGAUCACAGUAUAAAAUGUUUUAGAUAUUUGACUAUUAUCUAGGUAGGUCUAUAAAAUUACAGCUUUACAUGUCACUCUCUGUGGAAUACUUCCAGUGAUGCUACCCAGGAGGACUGACCGCUUUUGGUUCCAUAAGGCUUGAAAUGGUCCUAGAGUAAAAUGCCAAGUUCUUUGAAGUGGUCAGCCUUUUCACUGAACAGCAUUUUAAAAAUUUGUCUUCAUUUUAAUAAAUGCAAAUGGACUUUGUCAUUCUUAAGUGUAACACUUUUAGAUAAAGAUUAUAGAUUUUUGUCUCCAUAAGAUCCAAAUUAACUUUACUUUAAUCCCUAAGCCCCACCAGCUUCUUGUACAUGACUGUAAAAGUAAUAGAUUUUGUGGAUAAAAUGGCAUGAAAUGACUCGGGACGUGUGCCCUGCUACCAUGGCAUCAUUUUGAUUGCAGAAACCAGUUGGUGCGAUACUCAGGGGGAUGUGAAUAUUUAAGAUGGGCCAUUUUCAAUAAUAGUUGCAAAGACUUGCUGAAUACAAGGUUUACACUUAGUCUGUAACUGAAGUACAAUUUGGUGGUAGUCAUUGUUGAGGUCUGUUGAUUGCCUUCCUGUUAGAAGUUCUAUAAAGUUUAGGAAAGCUAACUUACAGUGAAAUAAAAACUCUAAAAAACAUUAAGCACGGUUCUGGAUUGUGUAAUUUAGUAUAUCAACUUUUUUCCUCUAGACUUUCCCAGCUGAUUAACAAAAUUAAAAAGUUUCUUCCGUAAUAAUUUUUUGUUACACCUGAGAAUUCUUUGAGACAAUAAAAAAAUUCACUCUGCCAAAAAAAACCACAUAAUAGAACAUUUUGUAUUUCCUUGUAUAUUGUCAUUUUUUAUAUUUUAGAAAUCUUUGCUAAAUAUUAUAACAGGUUUUAUACCCUAAUCAGAAUUUUUCUUUUUUGAAGUUAAAUUUUUCUUCUAUGUUUCAUUUUACUAUUGUCUAAAAGUUUAACAUGCCAGAGAAGUCCCUUUCCAGCAGUUAUCUUUGGUCAUCUGUAACCUUUAAGCUGAUGUUAAAGGGUAAUUGUUUAUGUGAAUAAAUGUAGAAUAACACAGCAUUGCAACGGCAUUGAGGCCAUUUUCAAUAAUAAGUAAUGUAAAAAAUCAGACACACAUAAAAUGUGUGGUACAUUAUAACCACUGCACUAUGUAUUUCAUAACAUCUUGGAAGAUUUUAGUCAGUUGUGUUGUUGACAUAGAUGAAAAGCAAUUAGACAUUUUAAAUUUAUGCAGAGUAAUAUAUUUAAUAGUUGGUGGAACAUUCCCUUCAUUAUACUUAUAGAUGAUCACAUACAAUAAUUUUUACACAGUAAAUAUGCAAUCUGACCAGUAGAAAUGUUGAUGACAACAGGAUAAUAUUUUGGAGGUAAGAUUUUCUUGGCAGUGUCAGAAGAGCUUUGAAGAUAUUUUAGUGCCUUUCCCACAUUUUCUGAAAUAUAUUGAAGCAUGACUAACAUACUAAAUAUUGUCCACUAGUUACCAUCUGAAAAAUCUUUUUUAUAUAUAAGUUUUCAAAUGAUUAGCAGCUGUCAAGAAUGUUCUAUAGUGUAAUAGUGGUUCAAAGAAGGAUUGUUAUUUUCUGUUUAAAAUAUUGAGAACUUAAUAUUAGUGCAACACUAAUGUAUUAAUGCUUUGGGAUUUAAUAGUUGCUUAUGUAUUAUUGGAUAAUCUGAAUUAGAUUCAGAAGCUGGAAAGACUUUCUGAUGUGAAUUCUUGAGGACCGUUAAAAGGUUUAGAUAAUCUUGGGCCUUCUGAGUCUACUGGAUAUUAAGCUGAAUAAAUUUUUGACAUUAACUUACAGCUCACUUGGUAACCUUGCUGAAUAAAUAUUACAUCAGGAAAAAAUAGUUAUUUCCUCUUAAGCAACCAUUCAACAGCAAAACUGCUAUAUUAAAAUUCAUUUCACAACAACAUAUAAACUUAAUAGAAAAUAUUAUAUUAAAAAUACCUAGAAGAAUUAAUUUACAGAUAGAUAAGACCAUUGACUUUUGCUUGGAAUUUUAAUUAGAAAAAAACUUUGAAACCUCUUGCUCAUAUAGUGUGGUGAUUGGUGCUUGCCCAUUUGGGCCUCCGGAUGGUAGGUAAAUUUUUCCUCAGUAUCCUUUCAGAUUUUUAUCCUUCACAGAAUAGUAACCCAUUUAUGUCCAAACCUCCUAAGAUUUAAGAUUUAUUCUGCUCUGAAAAACAAAGGAAAUCUGCAAAGUUAAUGACAACAGUACUUGUCUUUUUUGCCAAGUUAGUGCGUUCUGCUAGACAAAUACAGGAAAUUUCUUAGGUAUGGGGUAUACAACAUACAUUUUAGCCUGAAAUAUCUCUCCUUCCCCCAUCCCCAUUUAAAGUUACAGGGAAUCAAACAAAAUAUUUCAGUUCCAGAAAUGAUUAUUUACACGUUAUGUGAAAUCUGAGUGUACUGUUAAAAUUUUUAUCUGCUUAGGCUAAUUAUUUCUUAAAGGUCCCAGAAAUAUAAGAUACAUAGUCUAAUACAAAUGAUAAUAAGAUUCAGAUUAAUUUUACUUUUAUUCUAAGCAGGUAUUUGAAAAUGUAUUUUGUUGAAAAUUGUGACUUUAGAUAUUGGAUUAAGCUCUCUAAAAAUAGAAAACGGAUAUUUAGUGAAUCCUUAUAAAUACAUAUAUUUUUAUGGCUAGCUUCUACUUGUAAACAAUUGAUUAGGUGUUAUUUGCAAAUGUCAUGCAGUGUUUUCUAUUUAAAACAGUAACAUUUCUUAACAUUUUCUUGUGAAAUACUGAUAAAAUACUGGCUUAAGUGGUGUUAAAGGUCCCAGUUCUGAUCUUGGAAGUGAGAAAUAGGGGGCAGUGGGACAGGUGCAGCUCUCACUGGGUUAACCCAUACGGGGUUAAUCGUUGUGUGAGAAGCUGAGAGCUGGCAACCUCCAACGCUUUGCUGCUUAUGUUCAUGUGCUAAAUACUGCUUGGGACCUCAUAAAAACCAAGAUUUAUGUUAAUGAGAUGCAAAUAAACUAGAAUUCUUAAUCUUAGAGCAGAAAACAUUACUUACUUGAUGGAUUCUUCUGCGUUUAAACCUAUAAGUCUGAAAUGUUGCAGAUUUGCUCUAGAGAGGGUAUUUUGACAGUUAAAUCACCUCUGCUUAUUUCAAUAUCUAGUUUUC